AUCAUUACAAAAUAUCCCUAGCUCCAUUGUCCAUUUAGCUUCGAUAUAUAUACAUAUCUUCACCCGUCUGACCCACUGCCUUGUGGGUAGUUCAACUACAUUUUGCUCUGCGCUUAAUCGCCUCCAGCCACCAACUCUAAUGGUCAUGGACAACAACGCCAAAGUCAAGGAAAACUUGUUGCGUUAAGAAAACCGCGAAAACGCAAAUAGGAAAACCCGUUUGCUCCACAUGAAAGGGAAAACAAAUGGAGACGUUGGGAAAUGGGGAAAAGACGUCGAAGAAGGAGGAGGAGGAGUAGCUGCCUGGACAACUCGACUGGAUGGGGCUAUUAUGUCAUCGCCAUUGCCAUCGCCAUCGCCAUCGCCAUUGCGGAAAGCGGUGGGAUGGACUUUGUUUUGAUGAUAACUCCGCUGGUUCCGGUUUCUGGAAAUCGGGGAUCGAGGUUUUGGGAUUUUGCUGUUUCAGGCGAUCAAAGUGGAGCUGCCACCGAUUUUUGGCAUCCAAUUGGGGCUUUAACACGGGCCACACUCGCGGAGAUCGCCCAUUUGAAGACUGGCACCCGAGCUGCAAAGACCUGACUGGACAGCAACUGACUUUAAAGGAUGGGAUUCAGGAUCGUACUGUUGGCUGCCACCGGCCUGGGAGCCAUGUACAUGAUGCAUCUGCUGGCCCAGGAUUGGGUUAAGAUUCGACCGAUUCGGGGGAUCACGCAACUGGCCGGAAUGGCGACCCAGCCCCUGCAACAAAUUAUUGCACCCAUCCAGCAGGCAAGUGGUUCCUUGAACUUAUUUCGAAGCAGAAGAGAGGCGAGCUUAAGCCAAGAGCUCGGUUGGGUGCAAAGGACUCAGGAUUCCGGUGGAGGAAAUGGAAGAGGUGGAGCUGCCAGAGGGAUGGGAACUGUGCAGAGAACGCCAACUGCCAUCGAUUGGAAGAGGAUCCUCUCAAGAGAUCCCUUCGAGUGCCUGCAGUCGCUAAUUUGCCAGCUUAUGUCCGGUGCCGAAGCGAAAGUUCCGGAGGCCGAGCUGCUCAUGGACUAUCUGGAAUCAUCGCUGGAGAUGGCUCCGGUGAAGAUCGGGAGGGCCUUCAGUCGAGGAUUGGCACUGAGGGGAUCCACGGAGCUCUGCUUCAACGAGUACCCCUUUUGCCUCUAUUCCGCCAAAACGAUGUUGCGCAUCCUGCGGUGGUUCAGUGAAACGGGUGAAGUGCCCGUGGAGGAAGUGGCUUAAUUGUAUCAGUUUGGCAUCAAUAAACUUAGGGAGAGAGUGAAAUGAGGAAGUGAAAAUGUGAGUUUGAUUUUGGUAAGAGGUGUCAGAGCGUUUGUAUUUCCGAUUUCCGAAAUAUGGAAAUGGACACUUGUAGUUUAACCUGGCUCAUAUGAUUAAAUAUGUGGCAAAUAGUGGAAUAGGAUAUAAUGUUUAUGGUUUUAAGGGGAAUGUGAUUUA